UUCAACCCCCUUAAAAGUUAAACCCUCAACACAAACCCACUCUUUGUUCCUCAAAUGCUUUCUAUAACUUCGAACCUCCGCCUCCUCCUCCCUUGUCAUCUCAAACUCUCUCUACCUCUUUGCUGCAACCCCACGACGCCCCGCUGCUCUUUCUUCACCGUCUUCUCCUGCGCCAAUAAAACACACCCUUCCACCAGUGCUCCCCAACGAAACCUCAAUCUUCAGAAACGGAACAAAAGCACAAGCAACAAAAGGGUAGCUCCUAUGCAAGAUAGUAAGAAUGAAACCACUUUUGGGUUUAACAAAAGAAGGGCUGAGGGAAAAGAUGGUGGUGAUAAGCCUAGGAAGAAUCCUCAGCUUAAAGUUCGUAGGCUUAACCCUAGUAAUACUAUUUCGUAUGUACAGAUUUUGGGAACUGGAAUGGAUACUCAGGACACUUCUCCUUCAGUCUUACUCUUCUUUGACAAGCAAAGAUUUAUUUUUAAUGCUGGAGAGGGAUUACAACGAUUCUGUACAGAGCAUAAGAUUAAAUUAUCAAAGAUAGAUCACAUUUUUCUUUCUCGUGUUUGCUCAGAGACAGCAGGUGGACUUCCAGGUCUUCUUUUGACUUUGGCCGAAGAAGGAAUGUCUGUCAAUGUGUGGGGUCCUUCAGACCUCAACUAUUUGAUUGAUGCACUGAAGUCUUUCAUUCGACGUGAUGCCAUGGUUCACGCACGGAGCUUUGGGACAUCUCCAUCCUCUGACGAUGCUUCUGAUUUAACAAAGUUAACCGACCCCAUUGUUCUUGUCGAUAAUGAGGUUGUUAAAAUUUCAGCCAUUAUUUUAAAACCAAAUUGCUCCAGAGGAUCAGUAGUAAAUCCUGGUGAGAUGUCUGUCAUAUAUGUUUGUGAAUUGCCUGAACUCAUGGGAAAAUUUGAUCCAAAAAAGGCUGUGGCCCUUGGCUUAAAACCGGGGCCAAAAUUUAGUGAACUGCAAUCUGGGAAGUCUGUGAAGUCAGAUAGCAAAGACAUCAUGGUUCAUCCAGGUGAUGUAAUGGGCCCAUCUGUUCCUGGUCCCAUUGUACUCCUUGUUGACUGCCCAACAGAAGCCCAUACACUGGAUUUGUUGUCUGUGGAAUCUCUCAGUAGUUACUAUGCAGAUUACUCACAAGAAUGUGCCAAGACUGUGAAUUGUAUCAUUCAUUUGACUCCCACUUCUGUCACAGCCACACCCAGUUACCUUAAAUGGAUGGAGAGGUUUGGUUCAGCCCAACAUAUUAUGGCUGGGCAUGAAAUGAAGAAUCAGGAGAUUCCAAUUCUAAAAUCCAGUGCAAGAAUAGCAUCACGACUUAAUUACCUGUGCCCACAAUUAUUUCCGGCUUCAGGUUUCUGGUCUCUUCAGCAUUUUAAUAAUUCCGCAACAGACUCUGGUGCCAGCAAGGGUCCUUAUUCAGUGCCUUCUGAAAGUAUUUCUGCUGAAAAUCUCCUUAAGUUCACUCUGCGUCCUCAUGCUCAUCUUGGAUUUGAUAGAACAAAUAUCCCAAGUCUGGUGGCUCCCUCUCAAAUAAUGGAUGAGUUGCUUUCUGAGAUUCCAGAGAUUGUCAAUGCUGCACAAGAUGUCAGCCAGUUGUGGCAAAAGCCUACAGGAACCAAAGAGGCAAUAUCUCCUGUGCUAGAAAACGAAUUAAUGAUUGAGGAGCCAUGGUUGGAUGAGAAUAGACAUCCUAGUUGUUUGGAAAGCGUAAGGAAGGAUGACCUGGAGAUUGUUUUUCUGGGGACCGGCUCACAGCAGCCUUCUAAAUACCGGAAUGUUAGUUCAAUCCAUAUUAAUCUUUUUUCUAAAGGAGGCUUGCUCUUAGAUUGUGGGGAAGGAACCCUGGGACAGCUGAAAAGAAGAUAUGGUGUAGCGGGUGCUGACAAUGCUGUGAGGAAUUUAAGGUGUAUUUGGAUUUCUCAUAUUCAUGCUGAUCACCAUGCUGGUUUGGCAAGAAUUCUUGCUCUUCGACGUGAUCUUUUGAAAGGAGUGUCUCAUGAGCCUUUGCUUGUUGUUGGCCCGACACAACUGAAGAGAUUUUUAGAAGCAUAUCAAAGACUUGAGGAUCUAGAUAUGCAGUUCCUUAAUUGUAGGUACACUACAGAGGCUUCAUGGAAUGAUUUUGAGUGCAGUGUUGAAUCAAAUAAGGAUUGCUCAACUCAAGGGAGUGCUAAUAAUUAUGAUAAUCUGAGCCAUAAGAACGUUCUCCAUUCUGAAUCAAAUCUGUUUGCUAAAGGAAGCCGUAUGCAAAGUUUUUGGAAGAGACCAGGAAGUCCGGUUGAUAACAGCACUGCUUUUGCAUUGCUAAAGAGCCUGAAGAAAGUGCUCAGUGAGGCAGGGUUGGAGACCUUGGUUAGUGUUCCUGUUGUGCACUGUCCCCAGGCAUUUGGAAUUGUUUUGAAGGCAGCAGAAAGAUUAAAUAGCAUGGGAAAAUUAAUACCUGGGUGGAAGAUUGUAUAUUCCGGUGAUACCAGGCCCUGCCAGGAGUUAAUUGAAGUGUCCAGGGGAGCGACAGUCCUUAUACAUGAGGCAACCUUUGAGGAUGGUAUGUUGGAUGAAGCUAUAGCAAGAAACCACAGCACAACAAAAGAAGCCAUUGAAGUUGGGUCAGGUGCUUAUCGAAUUGUUCUCACACACUUCAGCCAAAGAUACCCAAAGAUUCCUGUAGUUGACGAGGCACACACACAUAAAACAUGCAUAGCAUUUGAUUUGAUGAGUAUUAACCUAGUAGAUUUGCCUGUUCUCCCAAAAGUUCUUCCAUACUUUAAAUUGCUUUUUAAAAAUGAAAUGCCAAUUGAUGAGUCAGAUGAUGUUAUUGAUGAUGUACGCGUAGCUCCUUAAUGAACAGUAAUUGAUUUAUUAUAGUGAUUUUUUAUGAUUCCGUUUUA